GAUCAGGGAAACUGUGUUUGUGUCUGCCAUUUUCUCUCUGAUCUCCUCAACUUCGGAUCUUGGUUCUUCGCUGCUGUGAGGAGCCAAUCCUCUGGUUCUCCCCAGUAAUUUCUCUCGAGAUUUCCUGGAACAUAGGCUAUUAGCAGAUCUUAUUCAACUUGUAUUUCUGUUACUUUCUCGCAGAUUUGUUUAUAAGUAUCGUAAUUCUAAGUAAUAUCUGAGCACGAUCUUGUUUGCUUGUUGGAUCCGUUAGCCAAAAUGCCGUCGAUCAAUGGAGUUCGAUUGACGACAUUUGAGGACUCGGAGAAGGAGAGCGAGUAUGGCUACGUUCGCAAGGUAUCAGGACCAGUUGUUGUUGCAGAUGGAAUGGCAGGGGCUGCUAUGUAUGAACUUGUUCGUGUGGGACAUGACAACCUUAUUGGGGAAAUUAUUAGACUGGAAGGAGAUUCUGCUACAAUCCAAGCAUCUAAAUCUCUUAACGUAUUUAUUUUUGUAUUGCAGAAUGUCUUUGAGAACAGUUUGAUGCAACACCAUGUUGCACUUCCUCCUGAUGCUAUGGGAAAGAUUACUUACAUUGCACCUGCUGGUCAAUACUCACUAAAGGAUACUGUGUUAGAGCUUGAGUUUCAAGGUGUCAAAAAGCAAUUUACCAUGCUUCAGACUUGGCCUGUCCGUACACCACGGCCUGUUUCCUCGAAGCUUGCUGCUGAUACACCUCUCUUGACUGGACAGCGUGUACUUGAUGCCCUUUUCCCCUCUGUUCUUGGGGGGACUUGUGCCAUUCCUGGAGCAUUUGGUUGUGGGAAAACAGUCAUUAGUCAAGCUCUUUCUAAGUACUCUAAUUCUGACACUGUGGUUUAUGUUGGUUGUGGAGAGAGAGGAAAUGAAAUGGCAGAGGUUCUCAUGGAUUUUCCACAAUUGACAAUGACGUUGCCUGAUGGCCGUGAAGAAUCCGUCAUGAAGCGCACAACACUUGUAGCUAACACUUCCAACAUGCCUGUGGCUGCUCGAGAGGCCUCCAUUUAUACAGGCAUCACGAUAGCUGAAUAUUUCAGAGAUAUGGGUUACAAUGUUAGUAUGAUGGCUGAUUCAACAUCUCGUUGGGCAGAAGCUUUGCGUGAAAUAUCAGGGCGUCUGGCAGAAAUGCCUGCAGAUAGUGGUUAUCCUGCUUAUCUGGCGGCACGUUUAGCCUCUUUCUACGAACGUGCAGGUAAAGUGAAGUGUCUUGGUGGGCCAGAACGUACUGGUAGUGUCACAAUUGUUGGUGCUGUUUCUCCUCCAGGAGGAGAUUUCUCAGAUCCUGUAACGUCUGCAACCCUCAGUAUUGUUCAGGUCUUCUGGGGUCUGGACAAGAAACUUGCUCAGAGGAAACACUUCCCAUCUGUAAACUGGCUUAUUUCUUAUUCAAAAUACUCAAAGGCCUUAGAGUCUUUCUAUGAGCAAUUUGAUUCAGAUUUUAUCGAAAUCAGGACAAAAGCACGUGAAGUGCUGCAAAGAGAAGAUGAUCUGAAUGAAAUUGUCCAGCUUGUCGGCAAAGAUGCUUUGGCAGAAACAGAUAAGAUUACCUUGGAGACUGCUAAGCUUCUGAGGGAGGACUAUCUUGCCCAGAAUGCAUUUACUCCAUAUGAUAAAUUUUGCCCAUUUUACAAGUCGGUCUGGAUGAUGCGCAACAUUAUCCAUUUCUAUAAUUUGGCCAAUCAGGCGGUAGAGCGAGGUGCUGGUAUGGAUGGGCAGAAAAUAACCUACAGCCUUAUCAAACACAAGAUGGGAGAUCUCUUUUACCGAUUAGUGUCCCAGAAAUUUGAGGAUCCAGCAGAAGGGGAGGCAGCUCUGGUGGCAAAAUUUAGUAAGCUACAUGAAGAUUUGAUUGCAGGUUUCCGCAACCUUGAGGAUGAAACUCGAUGAUCAAGUAUCUUGACUCAGCUUUGUGUAACCCAUUUUCUAUGCCAUUGCUGAUCUGGCAGCUAGGACACUGGUGUCUGCUUCAGCAACUUGUAGCUUGUUUGAACCACAUCAUUGGUGGGCCCAUGUGGUGUCUUUGUAGUGAGCGUUUGGGCAUUGUUUUUUUAUAUUAAAUUUGCUGUGUUUUGUAUUUUUUUUUUUCCUUGAUUAGUUAUUUAUUUAGAAUAAGGGAAUAAGAGACCAAGCUUUAUUAAUUCAUAUAUUAUGCCCUUGUAAUAAGAUAUGGUUCAGUUCAUAGAACAAAA